UGAUUUCCUCUGACCACGCCCACGCCCCUACCUUCUACCUUCUUCCUGCUUCCUCUGCCCUAAGAUAAAGGAAGCUCUCCAGCCGAGUGUGCAGCACCUGCGGAUCCAGUCUCCAGUCUCAGUGCGUUCACCUACGUCUCUACAAGCUACCCCCUGCAGCUCAUAUAACGAUGUCUGGCGGCUACGGUCAACCCGCUCUCCCCGACAAGAACCGCGUCGCGGUGCUGCAGAACAUUGCGCACAAGAUGCGUGUGCACAUCGUCAACAUGACGGACGCUUCAGGCUCCGGGCACCCCACCUCCAGCUCGUCAGCUGCCGACAUCCUCUCCUGCCUCUUUUUCCACGUCAUGCACUACUCUGGUUAGCUCAUACCUAAAACUAUACCCCAUAUUGACUGUAGUUGCUGGCUUGUGGCAUGGUUUCAGCAAACAGCUUCUGUGGUUGCAGAGUUUUUGUCCAGCUUCCUGCCCCUGGUUGCAGCUUUGCUUCCUGCCUCUCUAAUUAGAUUCAAAUUUAUUCCUACCACAUGAAUUUCAUUCCUGCCUCCCACACUCCUCUCUCCCCUCCCCAACCUGCAGUUGAAGAGCCCAGACAUGGCUCCAGCGACCGAUUUGUCCUGUCAAAGGGACAUGCCUGCCCUGUGCUGUAUGCUGCCUGGUGUGAGGCGGGCCUCCUCUCUAAGGAGCACAUCCUCACUCUCAGGAAGCCAGACUCCCUUCUCGAGGGGCAUCCAACACCUAGGCAGAACUACAUUGACGUGGCAACUGGGUCUCUGGGACAAGGUCUGAGCAUUGCAGCUGGGAUGGCCUACUGCGGAAAAUACUUUGACAAGGCCAGGUUGGUAUACAUUUUGUGUGUGUGCGUUUGAGACAGUCGUAACAUUGUUGCAUUACGGCCCGCCUCUCUUUUCUUAGCUACCGAGUGUUCUGCAUAAUGGGAGACGGAGAGACAGCCGAGGGUAGUGUGUGGGAGGCAGCUGCUUUCUCCUCGCACUACAAACUGGACAACCUUGUCGCCAUCGUCGACGUCAACAGGCUGGGUCAGAGUGAAGCUACAGCACUAGGUCACAGUGUCGACGUGUACAAGGCUCGAUACGAUGCCUUUGGUUGGAACGCCAUCAUUGUCGACGGCCACGACAUCAUGGCAGUGUGCAAGGCCCUCCUCACUGCAGCCACCACCAAAGACAAGCCAACUGCCCUCAUUGCAAAGACCCUCAAAGGGAAGUAUUUCCCUGGUGUGGAGGACCUCGACAACUGGCAUGGAAAGCCACUCGGGAAGCAGUCGGGACCUGCUCUCGAGGCAGUCAAGGCCCUCAUCACCGACAACGGCCCCCACGGUCUCUCCCCGCGACCAAUCAAAGACGACGCGCCGAAAAUCACCUUCCCCAAGGUUCAGCUGUGCGAGCCACCCAAGCACACCAUGGGAGAGAAGAUUGCCACUAGGAAGACGUAUGGAGAGGCUCUGGUGAAGCUGGGGAAGAACUACUCCAGAAUCGUGGCACUCGACGGAGAUACCAAGAACUCCACGUUUGCCAUCACCUACAAGAACUGCUGCCCCGAGCGAUUCGUCGAGUGUUUCAUCGCCGAGCAGAACAUGGUGGGCGUGGGCAUCGGGCUCGGUUGCCGUGCUCGCAACAUCGUGUUUGUGUCGGCGUUUGCCGCUUUCUUCACCCGAGCCUUCGACCAGAUCAGAAUGGGGGCCAUCUCCCAGACGGAAGUCAACUUUGUGGGCUCUCAUGCUGGGUGCUCCAUCGGUGAGGAUGGACCCAGCCAGAUGGCUCUGGAAGAUUUUGCCAUGUUCCGUACUAUCCCCGGAGCGGUGUGUUUCUACCCCUCUGAUGCCGUCUCUGCCGAGAGAGCCUUCGAACUGGCCGCCAACCAUCGUGGCGUCACCUUCACACGUACCUCUCGUCCCGCCACUGCCGUCGUCUAUGAGAACACGGAAACCUUUGAGAUCGGGAAGAGCAAGGUGCUGCGGAAGUCUGACGGCGACAAGGUGACGGUGGUGGGAGCUGGUGUGACUCUGCACGAGGCUCUGGCAGCUCACAAGACCCUCCAGGCUGAAGGAAUCAACAUAAGAGUAGUGGACGCCUUCUGCCUCAAGCCUGUUGAUAAAGCACUGAUGGUUGAGUGUGGCAAGGCCACUGGUGGACGAAUCGUGACCGUUGAGGACCACUACUUUGAAGGUGGUCUGGGUGAAGGUGUUGCAGCUGCCGUGGCCGAAGACGGAGGGGUCAAAGUUCAUCGUCUAGCUGUGACCGGCAUUCCACGAAGUGGGCCAGCCGCACUUCUGAUGGAAGAUUAUGGCAUCUCUGCCAACUGCAUCGUGAAGGCCGUCAAGAAAAUGCUUGCCUAAAAAAGAGACCAAUGACCAAGUAGCAAGAAUUUUGACUAGGUAGUCUGUAAAUUUUGAUGAUUUUCGCUCUAUGAAGCUGCAAAACUUUUAUGGAUGUGUUUCAAUAAUUUUACAGGAAAUCAGUAAAA